AUGCUCCCGACCCCGCGGCGAGCGCGGGCCGGGGCCCCAGUCCCCGCGGCCGCCGGCCCCGCGGCUCGCUUCCCGGGCGUCGCCAUCUACCUGGCCGAGCGGCGCAUGGGCCGCAGCCGCCGCGCCUUCCUCGCGCGCCUCGCGCUCUCCAAGGGCUUCCGCGUCCUGGACGCCUACGGCUCGGAGGUGACACACGUAGUGAUGGAGCAGACCUCGGCGGAGGAGGCCGCCUGCUGGCUGCGGGGCAGGGCGCCCGCUGCUCCCCCGGGGGCCGUCGGCCCAGCGCUGCUGGACAUCAGCUGGUUCACGGAGAGCAUGGCUGCCGGGCAGCCUGUGCCUGUGGAGGGCCGCCACCGCCUGGAGGUGGCCGUGCCCAGGAAGGAACUGCCGAGCCCAGCGUGGAUGCUGCCAUAUGCCUGCCAGCGUCCCACACCCCUCACACACCACAAUACCAGCCUCACGGAAGCUCUGGAGACACUGGCAGAGGCGGCCAGCUUUGAAGGCAGUGAGGGCCGCUGCCUCUCCUUCUACAGAGCAGCCUCGGUGCUCAAGGCCCUUCCCUGCCCAGUCACAGCCCCGAGUCAGCUGCGGGGGCUACCUCACUUUGGAGAACAUUCCUGCCGGGUCAUCCAGGAGCUGCUGGAACAUGGGGUCUGCGAAGAGGUGGAGAGAGUCCGGUUCUCAGAGCGGUACCAGACCAUGAAGCUCUUCACUCAGAUUUUCGGGGUCGGGAUAAGGACUGCUGACCGGUGGUACCAGGAAGGUCUGCGGACCCUAGAUGACCUUCAAGAGCAACACGAGAGACUGAACAAGCUCCAAGAAGCAGGACUGCAGCACCUCCAGGACCUGAGCACCCUGGUUCAGCGACUUGAUGUGGAGGCCCUGCAGCAGCUGGUGGAGGCUGCCGUGAGUGAGGCCCUUCCUGGGGCCACCGUCACUCUGGCUGGUGGAUUCCGGAGGGGGAAGUUGCAGGGCCACGACGUGGACUUCCUCAUCACCCACCCCCAGGAGGGUCAGGAGGUGGGGCUGCUGGCCAGAGUGCUGCUCAUCCUGAAGGAGCAGGGGCUGAUCCUGUACCACCAGCACCAACGCAGUCAGUGUGAAGACCGCACCUGGCUGGCCCAGCAGAAGAACACCAUGGAUGCCUUUGAGAGAAGCUUCUGCAUUUUCCGCCUGCCACAACCCUUGGGGGCUGCUGUGGAGGGGUCCCAGAGGCCUUGCGCCUCCUGGAAGGCUGUGCGGGUAGACCUGGUGGUCGCCCCCAUCAGUCAGUUCCCCUUUGCUCUACUCGGCUGGACUGGCUCCAGGCAUUUCGAACGCGAACUCCGCCGCUUCAGCCGAAAGGAGAGGGGACUGUGGCUGAACAGCCAUGGACUGUUUGACCCAGAACAGAAGACCCUUUUCCACGCGGCCUCAGAGGAAGACAUCUUCAGACACCUGGGCCUUGAGUACCUUCCCCCAGAGCAGAGAAAUGCCUGAUUCUGUCUGAUGGUUCCCACUUCCACUCUUCGAGGAGGGACAUUUGGUGUGCCAGACCCUUUGAAUACCUGUGGCCACCAAAUGUCUCCAGGUAGAAGAUGCCCCAAGUCCUCACCUUUCCAGUGGGAGCCCCUCCUGUGUAGACUCCUCCCCCACCCACCCCUACUCCAAGAUGUAAUGAAAUGAGCCCAUGGAACAAACUGAGCUGUUUUCUGAAUGUGCUGCUGGCUUGGGGGACAGGAGUCUGGUGCCUGGCCCUGCUCCUUGAGCAGAGCCUGUCUGGGUGUGCCACCCCAUCCGCUGUGGGGCGUUAUCUAGGUACAACCUGGGCCAGAUGGCUCAGGCUCCUCCUUGUACAGAGGCCGCCUUUGUGGAGUUGUCAGAGAGCCUGAGGUCAUGAUGGACAGUGAGUGCUGUGCAAUGCCUGAUUCUCAGCUUCCAGCCACGGGCCUAAGAAUGGAGAGGUGGAGGGGUGUUACUGCCCGCUGAAGUCUACUGUGGAGGUACUAAAGCAUGUGCUGUAGUAUCUGGAAAGGAUCCAGGGGUAGGGAGUUGGGAUCAACUACCCCCUGCCUGGUUAGCCCCACAUCCUCCAACUAGGCUUCCUGUCUGCUCUCAGAAGACUUUAAGCAGGUCAUGGUCAUGUGAUAUCUUUCCUGCUCAAAGUCUCCAGUGAUUCCCCCCGCCCACCUUGCACCUGCUUGCACAGUAAAUUCCCCUGGACCCUGGCAUUUCAUCCCACCACCCCCCAUCUCCUACAUGCUUCCUCUCUCAAGCCCCGUGCCUCCUGCUUCUCAUGACUGAGCCAGAGGCAUUCCUGUCUCACUGCUUCUCACUUAAAUUGCCCCAGACAUCCACAAGAUCAGUGGGCGUCUCACCCCCUCACUGAGGGGGUGUAUCUCAGUGAUACCUUUCUCAUGGUGUCCCCUGUUCCUUCAAUCCUCAGGCACACUCCAGUUUAGAGCCUUUACCCUUUAAGUACCAUCUACCUGAAUUACUUUUUCAACUCAAGGUCUCCUUGUCAGGUCAAGACUUCCCUAGCCACUUACCAUAUUAAAAAAUAUUUUUUCAUUUAAUGUGUAAUAAAAUGGACACUUCCAAUGUACAAUUUUAAAGAGUUUUUCUAUUUUUUAUUAUAGUUACGUUUUAUAAGUGAUUAUACCGGGAUUGCUAUCAGGAAAGUAGGGUAAUGUUUUGUAUGUUUUAAAUGGUAAACGUACUCUGCAAGAAAAAAGUCCUUUUAGCUAAAGUUUGUAACUGGUAAUAAUUACAACAGGUUUGUUAACCAAUCAAGAGUACAGAACCAAUAUGGCAUUUGCUGGAAAUCUCUGCAUCCUGGGAGGGGCAGAUGGAGCUCUUUAUUGGGCAGAAAAACACUGGCAGGGUUACCAGAACUCCCGGCGUGUGUAGAUACAUUCUCUGUGAGCCCAAGUUUCUCAAAAAUAUUUGAAUGCUUUUAGAUGAUAACCUCAAAAAAUGUAGAAAAGCUUAUUUUGUAGUCCCACUUAAUUAUAUUUGCUUUUGUUGCCUGUGCUUUUGCUGACAUAUCUGAAAAAUCAUUGCCCAACCAAAUGUCAGGGAGCUCUCGCCCUGGGGUUUUAGGAUGUACAUUUAAGUCUUUAAUCCAGAGAGUAAUAUAUAAAUUUGAUAAAAUUUCAGUUUCCGUAGCAAGUCACAGAUUUACCAGAAACGUGUAAAGCUCUCUUCUCUUGAUAACUAUUGGAUGGUGGAUUUAAGUUUCUGGUGUUUUAUGUAUCAAUAAGCUGUAUUGUCACAUACCAGAUUUAGUUUUUUAAAGAAGAGGAUAGAUUUCCACAAUAAAAGAGAAUAUGCCUUUAGGAAAAUCUAUUCCAGUCUUAUCAAUUAACAGUAAUUUCAUUUUGUAAUAAGCGUAUUACCUGAAGCUGGAUCCAACAGCCACUGUACCUGAGCAGCGUGAGCUGCCCAGAGUCUCACUCUUCCUGUGGGUCAGUCAAUAUUCAAGGUGGAACUGUCCAUCGGGCAAUUGGACAGAGGGUGAGUUUUAGGAAAAUCUUAGACUGGUUCAGUUUCCUAGGGGGACAGAUGCAUUUUUCACCCUGUGAAACAGCUCUGUGGCCCAAUAUUUUGGGAUAUUUCCCUUCACUGUUGGGAAUUACAGUGCUGUCUACGUUUGGAUCCAUUAGGGUGACAGUGGAGGGAGUGUAUCUACAAGUCACACAGAGAAAUGAUCAGGGACCAAGGAUGGGAGGAGAGACUUUGGUUGGGGAGGUGCAGUAUACAAACUGUCCAAUACAGAAACAGAGCUGGCAGCAGCUCAAAAGUGUAAAUCUGUUUUACUUUAAAUUGGUCACGCACAGGGUCAGGUUUGACUCGGGUCUGUCUUUUGGUUUGGGGAGUGAUGAGAUCAUCAUCUUUUGGCCCUGAUCUGGGAUUUGACGGUCUGGGUAACGGUCUUUCCAGGAAUCUAGAGUCAGUUCUAGGAGAUGAGCAGUAAAUUUGAGUUAUUUUAAACAUGCUUUCCAGAAUUCUGAGACUCCACUACAGUGUGCACCCUGAUGCUGAGAGUAAAGGAAAAACACCCCAUCCAUGGUCAUGUGCUUUGGAGGUUUUAAUAGAACUGUUUUAACAGAACUGCUUUGUAAGCUAUAAUAAAUCUGCUGCAGAGAAUGUCAAUCCAAGCUGGAGUAGGGCAGAGUCUUAUUUGCUGUUCUGGGGCUGAAGAAACCAGUUGGAGGCUGGCCAAGGCAAUAGUGAAUCUUUGAAAUGGAAACUGAUGGCUACUUGGGGAUGUUACCAGGGCCUGAGGUUUCAUCAUAUAUCAUUGGGCUUAUGAAAAUCCAAAAUUAGUCUGGUAAUUAAGAUAUUGACUGCUAAAAGUUGAGAGGUUUUUUUUUUCCCUCUCCCAUCCGCCAAUCAGAUAAAAUGAAAGUGGGGGAGAAGGAAAAGCACCGGACCCAGUGCUUUACCACCCUGGCCUUGUCGCAGGCCAUCAUGCUCAGGAUGCCAAGGCAGGUGGUAAUGACAGUUGACAACAUUGAAGGGGGUGAUGGCAGCACAGGUAGUGGGCACCAGGUAUUCACUGCCCCUAUUGUCCCAUUGGGACCAGAUGGAAUCAUGGUGGGUUGUAGGGCACCAACUUGCUGAACAGCUCCUGGGGUAAACAGUAUUACCCAGCCCUGCCACACCUCCAUGUGUGCCUGUAGUCCCCACUGGUCAGAACUGAAGCUCAGGAAGCUGAGAACAUGGCAUGAACCUUGUGGGGGCCUCUGGGUUUUGUUCUCCAUCCACUGAGCACCCAGCACAGGAUGAUACACAAGACCCAAAACUAGUGGGGGAGGGAGAGGGCA